AUGCGAGGUGAAAACACUGACUCUCCAGGAUUCAGUCCAGUGUUAGUGUAUGUAGUCACAUAAUACUGAGCUGCUCUGUAACGGAGGUGGUUUGGAACAGAGAAUAAAUUAGUAAAGUGUCAAGUGCCCAGGUCAAAACGCCAGCUGGGGUCAGGGUUCACCUGGAGGGCUAUUGAGUAAUAAAUUGAAGUCUCUCUCUCUCUCUCUCUCUCUCUUCCUAGCUGGGGCCCCUAAGUUGCGGCCAAUGCGGGGCCAGUCGCUAAUGGAGAGGGAGAAGCUGUAUCUGAAGUGUGAGGCGUCAGGGAACCCCAGCCCCUCCUUCCAGUGGUACAAAGAUGGCAGAGAGCUCCAGAGGGGAAAAGAUGUCAAAAUCAAGACCAAUAAGUGAGUCUCAGAGACCGGCCAAACUCCAGUCACACAUUCACACACAGCAAAGACAAGAGGUUCCAAAAAAGACUCCUGCUGUUUCUGUUUUGAGCAACCAUUCAUAUUGACUCAAAUGAAUCACUUUCACUCCAUGUCUCUUUCUCUCUCUUUCUCUCCUUCUCUCUCCCUCUCAUUCUCUGAAGGAAAAACUCCAAGGUCCAGAUCAACCGAGCGAGGCUGGAGGAUUCUGGGAACUACACGUGUGUGGUUGAGAACACACUGGGCCAGGAGAACGUUACGAGCAGCAUCAGCGUCCAGAGCCGUGAGUCCACAGACACACCAUCCUCUAUCUACAGUAUGACAUUCACACUCUUUCAACCUUCUUCAUUAACUACCACAGACUCUGUUUUCCUUUACAACCAUCAUGCUCUUUCUCUCUUCCUUAGUUACCACCAUGUUUAUUCUCUCUUUCUUGACAUCCACCACGGCCACGUUCUUUCCCUUUCUUCCUUAGUAACAAUUUAUUACCCCUCUCCGUAGUGACCUCUACACUUUCCUUCUCUUCAAUAGUGACCACUACCCUGUCUCCAGGCUCGAGUCACGCCCAGCGCUGUAACGACACAGAGAAGUCGUACUGUGUGAACGGUGGAGACUGUUAUUUCAUACACGGUAUAAACCAACUGUCAUGCAAGUAAGUGAGUGGUCCUGUCCUCCUGCUGUGUCUGUCACUGUAUGGCUUCAGCUGUGUGUUGUUUACCCUGUUAACCCAAUCGCCAAUCUCCUUCUCCAGCCACAGAAUGCCAAGUGUCAUCACUCUCACUGUAAAUUAUCCUCUCAAGGAUUAGUCUGGGUACAACAGUAAAAUGCUUCCCUGUUGAUUGUAAAGUCAUUCUUCUUCUCUCUUCAACCCUCUGUUUCUCUUCCUCUCUACAAACAUUAAUCUUUCCCCUAUCUCUGGUCUGUCCGCUUCUCCACAUCUAGGUGUCUUUCCUUCAUCUCUGUCACUCUCUCUCUCUCUCUCUCUCUCUCUCUCCGCUCCGCUCGCCUCUCUCUCUAUCUCUCUCCUCUCAUCUUCUCUCUCUCUCGCUCUCUCUCUCUCCUCGCUCAUUCCUCCCUCUCGGUCCUUGCCCCUCUCUCGCUCCUGUCCCUCUUCUCUUCCUAUUCCCCCUCUCUCCUCUCCUCUCUCCUCUCUUUCCCUCUCUCUCCCCUCCCUCUUCCUCUCUUCCCUCUCUCUCCCCCUCUUUCCCCUCUCUCCUCCCUCUUUUCCACUCUCUCUCCCUCUUUUUUCCAUCUCUUUCCCUCUCGCUGCCUGUCGCUCGUCCCCUCUCUUCUCGCUCUCUCUCCUCCUCUCUCCCUGAUCUCUCCUUCCUCAUCGUCUCCACUCUCUCUAUUCUCUCCCUCGUCUUCACCUCUCUCAACAUAUCUUUCCCUCUCUCUCCCUCUCUCUCGCUUGCUCCCCCUCUCUUGACCCUCUCUCUCCCCCCAUCUUUCCCCUCUCUCGUCCCGCUCUUUCCCUCUCUCUUGGUUCCCUCUCCCUUCUUUCGCGCCCCCUCGUCUCCCUCCUCUUUUCCCUCUCUCUCUUUUCCCUCGCUCUACCUCUCUUUCCCCCUCUUCUCUUUCUCUCCCUCUCGUUCCUCUCUCUCCCUCUCUCCAUGUCUUUCCAUCUCUCUCCCUCUCUCCCUCUCUCCUCUUCUCUCUCUCCCUCUCUCCCGCUCUCGUCCGCGCUUUCUCCCUCGUUUCUUCCUCUCUGCCCCCCUCUCCUCCCCCUCUCUCCCUCUCUUUCCUCUCUCUCCUCUCUCUCUUUUCUUCUCUCUCUCUCUCUCUCCCUCUCUUCCCUCUCUCUCCCUCUCUCUCCUCUCUCUCUUCCUCUCUUUCCCCUCUCUUUCCCUCUCUUUCCCUCUCUCUCCCUCUCUUUCCCUCUUUCUCCCUUUCUCUACCUCUCUUUCCCUCUCUCUCCCUCUCUUUCCCUCUGUCUCGUUCCCUCUCCCUCUCUCUCCCUCUCUCUCCCUAUCUUUUCCUCUCUCUCUUUUCAUCUCUACCUCUCUUUCCCUCUCUUUCUCUCUCUCUCCCUCUCUUUCCCUCUCUCUCCCUCUCUCUCCAUCUCUUUCCAUCUCUCUCCCUCUCUCCCCUCUCUCUUCUCUCUCUCCCUCUCUCCCGCUCUCUCCCUCUUUCCCUCUCUCUCCCUCUCUUCCCUCUCUCUCCCUCUCUUUCCCUCUCUCCCUCUCUCUUUCCCUCUCUCUCCCUCUCUCCCUAUCUCUCCCUCUCUUUCCCUCUAUCUCUCUUUCUCCCUCUCUCUCCUUCUUUCUCCCUCUCUUUCCCUCUUUCCCUCUUUCCCUCUCUUCCAUUCUCCCUCUCUCUCCCUCUCUCUCUCCCUCUUAUCUCGUCUUUCUUCCCUCUCUCCUUCUCUUUCUCCCUCUCUCUUCCCCUCUCCUCUCUCUCCCUCUCUUUCCCCCUUCUUUUCUCUGUUGCCUCUUCCUCUUCCCGCAGUCUGCUUCUCUGCUCGUUAUUUCUCUUCUUCACGCUCUUUAUCUUGACACCUCACCCACAAUCUUAUCCCUCUCUUUCUCCUCUCGUCUCCCUUCUAACUUGUUCCUUGUUCUCGCUCUUCCAUACACGCAAUCAGCCUAAAAUAGAUUAGUUACCUUGUUCGGUUUCAUACUGUGACAGACAGCCUUAAAACUAGACUUAGUUAUACCUUGUUCUGUUUCAUACUGCGACAGACCAGCCUAAAAACUAGACUUAGUUAUACCUUGUUCUGUUUCAUACUGUGACAGACAGCCUAAACACUAGACUUAGUUAUACCUUGUUCUGUUUCAUACUGCGACAGACAGCCUAACAAAAUAUCUGCAUGAGGUAUUUGGGUGCUGGCUGGCUGGCUGGCUGAUACCCUAACCUACACAGAACACUGUACUCUGUCAGGCCGUGGGAGGUAGAUGUGUAUCCAGUCAUGUCACCGGUGAAUUAAAGGUAGUUCUUCCUGAUCCUGAGUUGUGUGUCUGAGUUGUGUGGAGAGGGACAGAGUUAGAGCUAUGUUGUGACAGAGCUGUACGUAGAGAAAAACACACAGAGUUAGAGCUAUGUUGUGACAGAGCUGUACGUAGAGAAAAACACACAGAGUUAGAGCUAUGUUGUGACAGAGCUGUACGUAGAGAAACACAGACAGAGUUAGAGCUAUGUUGUGACAGAGCUGUAGGUAGAGAAACACAGACAGAGUUAGAGCUAUGUUGUGACAGAGCUGUACGUAGAGAAGUUAAAGAUAUGUUGUGUUCUCACUGAGCCUAGAUGCCAGUCUGUUUAGACGGAUCGGCGCUGUUCUGAAUGAACAAAGCAAACUAGCCAGGCUAUGAUGUGGCACUGGCAUUCUAUGUUAGAGGUUAGCAGUUCUCAGACAAAUCCCUUUCCCUCCAAUCCCACUUCAGCAUCAGAGAGACAGAACAAGAGAAUGAAAUGUAGGAAUUACAUUUUAUUUCAUUCUGAUGAGUGCUGGUUUAAAAGAGAGGUGUGUUUAUCCCUCUGUGGAGAUGAGUGGAGGCUGUUUCCCUUUUGCUUUAGCUUGGUCUCAGGGCUGACAAAAAGAGAGGAAGAGAGAGAGAGUGGGGAGAUGAGAGAGAGAUGGAGAUAGCAUGAUAGUGAGAGGGUGCGAGAAGAAGAGCGAGAGAAAGAGGGGAGAUGGAGGGAGAGAGAGAGGGGGGAGAUAGAAGGGGUGAGAGGAAGUGAGGAGGGAUGUGAGAGAAAGAGAGAGAGAGAGAGAGAGAGAGAGAGAGAGAGAGGAGAGAGAGAGAGAGAGGAGAGAGAGAGAGAGAGGAGAGAGAGAGAGAGAGGGGGGGGGGGGGGGGGGGGGGGUCUGCUAGCAUGGGCCUGCAUGCUGCCUCAAGUGUCUCAGAUCCACUCUGUGCUUCUACUCUAUUUAUAACUGCAUGGGAAAUUGCUGAGUGGGCUCUUCUCUUCCGAGGAAGAGGUUUUUACUUUAAUUGAUCCAAAAUGCACAGUGAAGUUGUGUCUUUGGUACUGUAUGAGGAAAAAGUAUAUCCUGUGCAGUUGUGUGCAUGUUAUGAAUAUGCAGGAAAUGUGAGACGAGUUGAACUAAAUGCUGUUUUAGAACAUCAGGGAUCAGAAUAUGUAUGUGUUAGGGAGAAUUAUGCUGCCUGGACUCACACACUGUAGUUACAGUGUAGUUACCGUGUAGUUACCGUGUAGUUACAGUGUAGUUACAGUGUAGUUACAGUGUGGUUACAGUGUAGUUACAGUGUAGUUACAGUGUAGUUACAGUGUAGUUACAGUGUAGUUACCGUGUAGUUACCGUGUAGUUACAGUGUAGUUACAGUGUAGUUACAGUGUAGUUACAGUGUAGUUACAGUAGUUACAGUGUAGUUACAGUGUAGUUACCGUGUAGUUACAGUGUAGUUACAGUGUAGUUACAGUGUAGUUACAGUGUGGUAAGUGUGAGAACUUGGACAUGCCCUGUGUACUCCAAUCCCCCACCUUUCUCUCCUAGAUGUCUAUGAGGUCAUUCAGCAAAGGGGUGCUUCCUUGCAGACUUAGCCUUUGCAGUUUUUCAAGCCCAACCUCUAUGAAAGUGCAUCUUGGGAAACAAGCCCUGUCCAGCAGUCAUGUCUAGGGGGUGUUUCUGCUGAUGUUUUUAGCUCUGACUCCUUCCAGCCUUCCACGUGCAAUGAUGUCAUAGCAUUGACUUCAUAGUGAGGAUGUCACAGCAAUGUCAUUACGCCACUGAGUUUUCAAACCCAGAGGUGCAACAUUGCGAUACUUCUGGAAACACGUCGCAAAGCAGACUCGACAGACCAGACCGGGGUUUGGCAAGUCAAUGGGAGAAGUGAAAAAUGUGUCCUUAGUUGUUAAUAUUCUCGUAUUCUAAAGGCACAACCUGAACCUGUCAUUACUACAACCUCGUGAAAGUGACCAACUGACAUAUUUUCAUUUUUGUCAAAAACAACUUUAUAUCAAAGGAGUUUUAUUUGAUGUACAUGCGCAGUUCAGCGCGACACAACCGUUAGAUCCAAUGACGUGUUUCUAUGCAUGAGCUAUGCUAGCUAACGUCACCAUGACAUCGCCUACAAGUGUGAUCGGGGAUUUCUAUUGGAGAAGCAUAUCUUCAUACUGUACUGUCUUUGAUAACGCUCUCUGUACCUCUGUCACAUACUGUUAGGUUGUGCUCUGUUUCUAACUCCAUGUUCUCUGCUCUCUUGUGUCCCUCCCUCCCUCCCUUGGUCUCUCCCUCCUCUGUCUCUCAACCUACUAUUUCCUCCUCCCUCCCUCCCUCCCUCCCUCCUCUCGUUCUGUGGCUUGUUUCCCCCAUUAGGUGUCCAAAUGACUAUACAGGUGAUCGCUGUCAAAAAUCCGUCAUGGCAGGUUUUUACAGUAUGUUCAUUUCUUCCUCCUCCUCCUCCUCCUCCUCGUCUGUCUGUCUGUCUGUCUGUCUGUCUGUCUGUCUGUCUGUCUGUCUGUCUGUCUGUCUGUCUGUCUGUCUGUCUGUCUGUCUGUCUGUCUGUCUGUCUGUCUGUCGGUCGCUCUCUCUCGCUCUCUCUCUCUCUCUCUCUCUCUCUCUAUGUCUGUCUGUCUUCCUCAUUGGGACACUGCUGCAUGCUCUGGAGGUGGAUACCUACCUGUGUGUGUGUGUAUGCGUGUGUGUGUGUGUGUGUGUGUGUGUGUGUGUGUGUGUGUGUGUGUGUGUGUGUAUGCGUGUGUGCGCGUGUGUGUGUAUGUGCAUGCCUCUGUGUCCAUCCCUUUCCUGUUGCCAUUCCUCUCACCUUCCUCUCCUGCACUAUGUGCCCUACCUGGAGCUGGUCCUUUAUACAGAGGGAGUUAAUCAGCAGACCUCUCAAUAACAGACAGAGGUGCAUGCAGAGAAACAGACAUCAGACUUAACACAUAGGUCCCUAUGCAUGCCCUCCUGAUCAUGUGCUACACAGUAUGCUGCAGUAGAGACUGGAUGAUGAUACAGUGAAUGUAAUAUACAGGGUGCACCUGUUAUGCAGCUUGCAUAGAUAGAUGCAAUGCUUGAUACGAAGACCGGUAGUUAUCUGUGAUGUUCUGACUAGAUGUUAGUGAAGUAGAGAAGUAGUACUGCUGCAGAUGGGCAACUGAUAACCCAUUGGCAUAAUGUUUCAUCCAGAGAGAUGGGCAACUGAUAACUCAUUGGCAUAAUGUUUCAUCCAGAGAGAUGGGCAACUGAUAACCCAUUGUCAUAAUGUUUCAUCCAGAGAGAUGGGCAACUGAUAACCCAUUGGCAUAAUGUUUCAUCCAGAGAGAUGGGCAACUGAUAACCCAUUGGCAUAAUGUUUCAUCCAGAGAGAUGGGCAACUGAUAACCCAUUGGCAUAAUGUUUCAUCCAGAGAGAUGGGCAACUGAUAACCCAUUGUCAUAAUGUUUCAUCCAGAGAGAUGGGCAACUGAUAACCCAUUGGCAUAAUGUUUCAUCCAGAGAGAUGGGCAACUGAUAACCCAUUGGCAUAAUGUUUCAUCCAGAGAGAUGGGCAACUGAUAACCCAUUGGCAUAAUGUUUCAUCCAGAGAGAUGGGCAACUGAUAACCCAUUGGCAUAAUGUUUCAUCCAGAGAGAUGGGCAACUGAUAACCCAUUGGCAUAAUGUUUCCUGAGAGCUCAUCCUAAGUCAGUUCUGAUAUUCAAAUCAUUCAAGUGUUUGGUUUGUUUGCCCCAUCAAUGUCCUGUUUACCAGGCUCUGUUACGUCUGCCUGUGUGACCGGUUCUUUGCCAUGGAAGUAUAGUACAGUGCACAGAGUAUAGUAGCUGGGAGUAAAGCACUUUGAACUAGUUUGUCAUCAUUCUCCACAUGUCUAUUGGUUUAAGCCUAGAGAACAGCUAGUGGGGGCACAAUAUGAAUAUAUACAUACUACAUACUAUUUACAGUACAUACAGUACCAGUAAACGUUUGGACACACCUACUCUUUCCAGGGUUUUUCUUUAUUUUUACUAUUUUCUACAUUGUAGAAUAAUAGUGAAGACAUCAAAACUAUGAAAUAACACAUAUGGAAUCAUGUAGUAACCAAAAAAGUGUUAAACAAAUCAAAAUAUAUUUUAUAUUUGAGAUUCUUCAAAGUAGCCACCCUUUGCCUUGAUGACAGCUUUAUAUAUUAUAUUUGGUUAAUCCUGCAAUGAUCAGUCUCUUUUCUAUGCAACCUGGAUUCAGGGGUAGACAUAACGUAAAUCCAGGACACUCCAAUUAGUAUGAUAUGUUACAUUUCGUAUAAUAUGUAUUCCUUUGUGGAUACCCAUCAUCAAUGUGUUACAAAUUACAAUUCAUACAAUAUGUUACAAAUUUGCAAAACAUAUGAUAUGUUACGAAUUACAAUUUGUUGUGGCUAACUUUAGCUAGGUGGCUAAUGAUAACCUUAGCUAGGUGGCUAACGUUAGCUAGGCUAGGGGUUAGGGUUAGGGGUUAAGGUUAGGGUUAAGGUUAGGGUUAGGAGUUAGGAGUUAGGUUAACGAGUAAAGGUUAGGGUUAGGGAAGGGUAAGCUAACAUGCUAAAAAGUAGUAAGUAGUUGCAAAGUUGCUAAUUAGCUAAAAUGCUAAAGUUGUCCGUGAUGAGAUUUGAACACGCAACCUUUGGGUUGCUAGAUGUUCGUGUUAUAUGCCUAUCCUUACAACCUGACCAACUACCCUACUUUUAGUUUAAGUUAAGUUAUCUUCUGUCUUAUGUAAACAUACCAAACAUAACAUAUAAUACUCAUUUGAGUGUCCUGGAUUUACAUUUAUUAUGUUACGACUAGUCUAUGAGACCAGGCUGUUCUAUCAGGGAUGGCAUCACAACAAGUACAUUAAAGGCACACCUUUUUCUACUGGUGCUCACACUGUAUAGAAAACACUGUCAUAAUCAUUUCAGAUAAAAGACCAGAGAGAAGCUAUAGGUUGAUAAUGUGAUAAAAUAUACUGUUUUUAGUAAACACAAGAAACAAUGAGAGACACAAUUAGAACGUGUCAUUAAUCUGUCGACCUACAAAGCUGCUCCCAUUUCUGUGCCAACCAGCCUCAUCUCCAAAAUGUUGGAAAGUAACUGCACACUGCUUUUUUAAAAUCUUGUUUUAUUUGUUCAUUUUUUUGUCAAAAAAAAUAAUUAGUUUACCCCAGAAAUGAGGUCUAGUAAAUAUGGCAGUAAGUGAAGUGGCUGUCUCUGUCUCUGUCUCUGCAUGUCUCCUGCCUGAUUCCUUCUCUCUUUUAUUAGUUAUGCUUCUGUCUUUCCUUUCUUUCAUUUCUGGGGUCACAGAGCUGCGGCUGUCUGCGUUGUCUGUCUGUUACUGGACGUGGCACCUGCCAGUCACGAUUAUUACUGUAUGUCACGGAAAGAUUCCAUACUAACCUCAUGGUUCAGUAUCUACUAUCUAUAUAUCUAUGUUCCAAUGUAGACGAUCACUAUCUGAAACUUGUUCUCUUUCCUUUUCACUGUGUCUAACUUUCUGCGUUGGCAGAGCAUCUUGGAAUUGAAUUUAUGGGUAUGGAACAAUUAUUCAUUUGAUUGUAUAUUAUUAAUUUUAAGAGUUGCCAAGAUCCUCUCACAGUCACACAUCACUACUACCAUCUCUCUAGAACCAAUAACUCUUCUCUGAUCUGUCGAUCUGUCACUCGCCCGCUAACCUACCAGGUCCAAAGACACUUGUCCCUCUGCAUGCAUGCUAGUCCUCUCUCUCAAUUAUAGGAAACCUUGAAACUAAGCUUUGUAGUACACUCCAUUAUGUUACUGUAUAGAGAGGGAGACAACAAAGCCACAGACAUGUUGAUGAUGGAGAGGAAGACUGUAGAAGCAGAAUAUAUGGGCUACAUUAUGAGUGAAGCUUUUGAGUCACAGAGAGACAAACUGGAAAGAAAUUUGCUGAUGGUUAUAUAUCAGUAACACCACACCUGAGACUAUAGACAGCGUCCCAUAAGACUAUAUUCCAUAGAGACAGCCAGCUGUGGUAGGUUCAUCAUUCCUAAGUCGAUUGGCAUUGAAUCAGAGGCUCCUGCAAGUGAUAGUGACCUAGUUCCUUCAGUAGCAGCCAACCACCAAUCCCAUUCCCUAUCAGUCCCCUCUUCUGUGACACACCCCUCCCCCUACCUUUAGCACUAAAAACCCCACCACCACCCCAUUUUAAACACCCCCUCCCCACACCUCCCCAGCCCCUCUUCCUCCACCGUCUGGCCAUCUCUUUCUUUCUUUCUUUCUUUCUUUCUUUCUUUCUUUCUUUCUUUCUUUCUUUCUUUCUUUCUUUCUUUCUUUCUUUCUUUCUUUCUUUCUUUCGUUCCACCUCUCCCCAUGUUCUGUUUGUUUUUCUCUGUCAUUGUGACUUAUCUGCUGACAAUGUUCCGCCACAACGAGCCUUCUGUUCAUUGGUCAGUUAAAUGCCAUCAGAACACCUGACAGGGAGGUAUUCACAAAGCUUCACCAUGACAACAGAGAUUCUAGACACUUUUCAUCUGACACAAAUGAUCAGAAAACCACAUUAAACAUUGCAAAAGAAUGAUAACUCUCAUGCAAAAGCUACAGUAUAUUUCCCUCGUUAACGUAUGGGGACUGUGAGCUAUCUGUGAGUUCUAUACCCAUGCGUUCUCUGGUCAAUUUAAAGGUGUUUAUUUAGUUGCCGGUGAGUUUUAUGAAUAUCCCCAAACCAUUGUGGUGUUUUUGCUCUAAAAUGCUUUUUCUCUUAUGAUAAUCAUCUGAUUCCAUCAUACAGGCAUGUGUCCUUAGACCUCUUUGACAUACAUUCCAUAGACAUUAUGGUACAUUAGUGCAUGUAGGGAAAGCAGAGGGGAAAUAGUCUAUGUUGUGGCUAAACCACUGUUAAUCUACAGGGUUGGUACCAUCACAGUUAGUUUUGGGUUUGUCUAAGGUUUUAGCACUACUAAGGUGGAGGAGGAAGACAAUUAGUUACUUUCAGGGAGGUUAGAUGUCAGAGGUCAGUGAUGUCAGAGUAUUCAGGGUAAGAGGAGGAGCUGAGUUAGCUUUUGUUUGAUUGUUCCCGUAGAGUAGCGCUCACACAUGUGUGUAUGUGUGUGUGUGUGUGUGUGUGUGUGUGUGUGUGUGUGUGUGUGUGUGUGUGUGUGUGUGUGUGUGUGUGUGUGUGUGUGUGUGGUUUGUUCACAGAGGCAGAGGAGCUGUAUCAGCGGCGGGUGUUGACCAUCACAGGCAUCUGUGUGGCACUUUUGGUAGUGGGCAUGGUCUGUGUGGCGGCAUACUGCAAAACCAAGUACGUACAUUAUGACAUCAUUUCAACCAGUUGUUCACGGAGCCCAGGAGGCAUUCACUGACUGGGGCCUGCACAAUGAUCACAGCUAUAAUGUCACAGCUUUCAAACCUUAUAGAUGAGCUUUACUAACUCAUUCUAUAUAAAAACGUAUUAAUGUUUGAAGCCGGAUAUUUUGAUGACACGGAACAUAAUUUGUAAAAUGACUGUCACACUGUAGUUUGUAUUUAUUUAAAUUUUCCUAUCAACAUUUUCUUUCCUUAUCUACUAUCUUUCCUUAUCUACUAUCUUUCUCAAUGUAUUCUAGAACAAUAAGUCAUUACACUUUUUCUUGCGUAUGUCCUACAGGAAGCAGAGGAAGAAGAUGCAUGGCCACCUGAACCAGAACGUUAACCAGAACCAAUGUGUGGAGCAGCCCAAUCACAUGCUGGCUAACGGACCCAACCACCCUGGGCCAGGCCCUGAGGAGAUCCCCAUGGUCGACGUGAGUCACUACGGCCCCAUACACACUCAGGUUGUACAACUGAUGUACAACGCAUUUGACACAACGGUUGUGGUACAACUGAUAUUUCUGUUAUACUACAGAGAGUUUGUCUGCACACAUUUUUUUACACAACCAUUGUGUCUCGAAAACCGCUGUGUAAACGUUUUUGUGCAGACAAACCUUCCGUUGGAUCACAAUUGUUUUGUCAAAUGCAUUGUACACCAGUUGUACAAACUGAGUGUGUACAGGGCCUACAAACUACCUCAGGCUCAGAAACAGAUUUGUUUUGUUUGUAACAGGUGUUAUAACACGUCCUUAUUCCAGUUUGGCCUGAAGCCUGCUGACACAGCAUACAGUAUGUCUAGAGUCAGGGCUGUCUGCAAGCCGUGGGAUAGAGAGACAGAUUGCCAUAUCGCCCAUGCCUAUACAGCUCCCACAAUGCAUAUCUCUCUCUUCUCUUCACAGUACAUCUCAAAGAACGCUCCUACCACAGAGUGUAGUAUAAUACAGCAUGGACCAGAAGAAGCCGUAAACUACGCAGGAAGCCGAAUAUCCACCAGAUCCCACCAUUCAUCUACAGUCUCCCACAACUCCAGGUGCUGUUGUAACACACAGAAACAUAGACACACAUACACACACACACAUAGACACACACGCACACACACACACACACAUAGACACACAUAAACACGUAGACACACAUACACACAUAGACACACACACAUAAACACACACACAUAGACACACACAUAGACACACACACAUACACAUAGACACACACACAUACACACACACAUAGACAGACACACAUAGACACACAUACACUCACAGACACACACACAUAGAACACACACACACACACACACACACACAUAGACACAAAAAUACAACACACAUAGACAAACACACAUAGACACACACACACAUAGACACACACAACACCACAUAGACACACACACACAAACACACAUAGACCACACACAUAGACACACACCCACACACACAUACACCACACACAACACACAUAGACACACAUACACACAUAGACACAACACACACCACACAGACACACAACACCACACAAGACACACACAACAACAUAGACACACACAAACAUAGACACACAACAACACACACAGCACACACUAACACACAAACACACCAAACAACACAUAGACACACAACACACAUAACACACAACAACAUAGACACACACACAUGACACAACACAACACACACACACAAGACACCACAUACACACAACAACACACACACAAUAGACACACACAACACCACAUAGACACACACACAUAGACCACACACACACACACACACAUAGACACACAUACACAACAUAGACAACACACACACACACACAGACACACACUUACACACACACACACCAUGACACACACACAUACACACACACAUAGACCACAACACACAUAGACAACACACAAGACACACACACACACACACACAUAACACACAUAACACACAACAAAACGACACACACACCAUAGACACACACACCACACAACAUAACACACACAUAGAACACAAACACACACAAUAGAACACACAACACACACACAACACACACACAUAGACACAACACAACAAACACAUACACACACACACAACACACAACACACCAAACACACACAACACCACCACAACACACACACAAACACCACACAUAACACAACACACACCAUAGACACACAACACACACCACAUAGACACACACACACAUCACAACUAACACACACAUCACAACUAACACACACAUCACAACUAACACACACACAACACACACACACACCACAUCAGACACACCACACACACACCAAACACACACAAACAUAGACACAACACACCACACACACACACAACACACACACACACACACACAUAGACACACACACACACACACUACACACACAACACACAUAGACACACACACAUAGACACACACACACACACACACACACACACAUAGACACACAUACACACACACACACAACAUAGACACACAUACACACACACACACACACACAUAGACACACAUACACACAUAGACACACACACAUAGACACACAUACAAAACAUAGACACACACUACACAACACACACCACACAUAACACACACACAUAGACACACACACAUAGACACACACACAUAGACACACACACACACACACAUAGACACACACACACAUAGACACACACACAUAGAGACACACACACACAUACACACAUACACACAUAGACACACACACAUAGACACACACACAUUGACACACACACACAUACACACAUUGACACACACACAUAGACACACACACACACAUAGACACACAUACACACACACACAUAGACACACACACAUACACACACACACACACACACACACACACAGACACACACACAUAGACACACACACAUAGACACACACACACACACAUAGACACACACACACACACGUCAGGGCAUUACUGCGAAUCUGAAAUGUCACAAAGCCUUCUCGUUACUUACUCCGUCUCUCUCUCCCUGUAGACACGAGGAGCGGACCUGGAGUAUAGAGAGGACAGACAGUAUGAACUCAGACUGCCAGUCGGGGGCGCUCUCCUCGUCUGUGGGCACCAGUAAAUGCAGCAGCCCGACCUGCAUGCAGGCACGGGCACAGAGGGCCGCCUACUGGGGCUGUUCUGAGGGAGGCAGCCUGCAGUAUGGAGACUCCUACGACUCUCUGAGAGACUCACCUCACAGCGACAGGUGGGACGACUAGUUUGAAUCUUCGCCAACGAUUUUGUAGUUGUAAAAACCACAAAAUGAAUUGUUGUCUACUGUCUCGGUUUUGGGCUUCUGAACCAGAUUUAAGACGGUUGUGUUUGUGUCUCCAUUUCCCCCCUCCCCUCCCCACAGGUAUGUGUCAGCGUUGACCACGCCAGCCCGUCUGUCGCCUGUCGAGUUCCACUACGCCCCGCUGUCUCCCCAGGUGCCCACCUUCCACAUCACCUCCCCCAACACGGGCCACGCCCUCGCCCUGCCGCCCGCCGCCGCAGCCUACCACCGGCAGGACGACCAGCCCCUGCUGAGAUGCCCUCAGGUGACCAUGACCCUGCCGCUACACUCACUAAUGACUACACACAUGGCAGAAAGCAGACAUUUUUACAACUGUGAUUCAUGAGUCAUAUUUUCCACUUCCUUAUCGUGUUGUUAUAGACUAGAGUAGCUAGUGUACAAUGAUGUUAGUUGUAGACUAGAGUAGCUAGUGUACAAUGAUGUUAGUUAUAGACUAGAGUAGCUAGUGUACAAUGAUGUUAGUUAUAGACUAGAGUAGCUAGUGUACAAUGAUGUUAGUUGUAGAUUAGAGUGGGUAGUGUACGAUGUUAGUUGUAGACUAGAGUAGCUAGUGUGUGAUGUUGUGUUUCUGAGACGGUCUCAUCUCUGUUUCUGUCCCUGCAGGAUGGACGGUUGUACCGGCAGCCCCGUCGCCCACGCCGACCCUACCUGACAGAGAGCACGGGCAGCCUUCCGUCCAGCCCCUACCAUCUCCCUGACGACGAGGCCUACGAGACCACGCAGGAGUACGCCUCCUCACGCGAGCCAAUCAGGAGCCGCCGGCGCCCUCGUCGGAACCGCCUCAACGGACACGUCUCCCAGCGUGCAAUGGGCCUACGGGACUACAGCUCUCAGAGCUUCAGCCAAUCAGAGGAGGAGGAGGAGGAGGAAGAGGAGGGGCACGGGGAGAGCACGCCCUUCCUCAGUAUGCAGAACAUGAACAUGGAGCCGUGCGAACGUGGGUGCCGAUCAUCUACCACCCCUGGCGCCACCACUGACAUACGGACUCACCGGGCGCAGGGGCGGCCAAGCACCCGCAGCAACGGACACAGUAAAAACCCCCAGUCGCGCUCCUCCAAACAUGACAACGCACCCCUUUAA